CUCCUGGUCAACCUCCAUUCACUGCUCUCAUGACCACAAGCCCAAUCUCAGGCAGGACGUCCGACACUUUUUCUCUACUCUUGCUCAGCUAAAUCUAAAAAUGUCCUUGACUCGACCUCUUCUUCUCACCUGUCUCGUUGUUUUGUCCGUCAUCACCUUGUUCCAUGGAGCUGACAGUGCCGCUGUGUCAGAUAAGAAGGCAGCCAGUCCUAAAGGUGCACUGAGCAAUGUCUUCAUGCAAGAGGCAGAUGCCUCCAGCUUCUUCAAACGGCGAGGCAAGAGGGCUGUGAAAACUCAAGAUGAGAUAAACGCUGAACAGAGACAGAGACUGGCCGCAGACGAGAGAAGGAGGGAGUAUCAUGAGGGACAGAGGAAUAAGUUUGAGAGUUACGCAGAAGAGGAAAAUGAUGAGCAAGACGAGCGCACCAGAGAGAAGACAGAGCAGUGGAGAGAGUUUCACUACGACGGCCUCGACCCAUCUUACGAGUACAACCGACACACGGUGUAAAACUCUGGAGAACUACGACAGAACGGGUGGACAGCUUUACAGUAGAUUUCUGUGAAGGUGUUUGGGCAGAAUGUCUGCAGUAAACAUGCACACAAUAGCGCAAAUGAACGUAGCCUUAUAUGUGUAUUCAUGCAUGCAGAACGUAUGUAAUCCAUGUAUCAUAGUUCUUAAAAAAGAUGUACAUUUAUUCAUAUGUAGGCUUUCUUAACCCUUACUGUAUGACUAAACUUUAUUUUUAUUGCAAUGUAUUGUACAUUUCGUCACACACAAGUAAUUUAAUGAUUAUUAAUUCUUAAUUUCAAAGUGAAUAUGUAUUCAUUUUGUGCUGGGAUGAUGUAAAGUGUUACAUUUCAUGUUCGUAACAGCUACUUUAGGUUGAAACACGAC